GGGGACCCACGGGGCUUGGACACGGGGGCGGGGGAGGACCCCGGGUUUGCACACUUGGGUACACACGCGUGACCUGCACACAGCAAGGGUGUUCGUGGGACUUCGGGGCUUGCACACGUGGGAACGCAUAGGGGACCUGGGGCGUCGCACACGUGGGGGGGGGGUGAACGUGGGACCAUGGGGCUUGCACGAGUGUGUGUGGGGGAUGCAUGCAGGACCCUGGGGCUUGCACACGUGGGGUGUGCACAGGGACACCGGGGUGGCACACGGAGGGUGGGGGGAAGGUGCACGAGGACCCCGGUGCUUGCACACAUGGGGGGAGGGGGGGAACAUUGAGGAGGGUGAACGUGCAACCACGGGGCUUGCACAAGUGUGGGUGCCUGCAGGACCCCGGGGCUUGCACACGUGGGGGGACAGCCCAGCCUUGCACAUCACGGGCCACAUGUGGGGGUCCCCUACCAUGCACGUGGAGGGAGGCGCUGAGGGGGUCCCCAAGCCCUGCAUGUGAAGGGGGUGGGGAGGGCGUAGCGAUGGGGGGGGGGCACGUGUCUUGUGCUCAUGGGGCAGGCGGGGAAUGCUGGGGCCUGUGCACAGGGCUGGGUCUGUCCCCUUCCCCAAAAGUGGGGUGCCUGGGGGGCGGGGGGGGGGGGGUUUGCCCGUCCCCCCAUAGCACCCCGUGCUCGCAGUGGCCCUACUGCCGCAAGCGCUGCUCCUACUGCAACUUCAACACGUACGUGGUGCCGGCAGUGGCCGAGGCGGCCGUGCGAGCCUGCCUGGUGCAGGAGACACGCACCCUGCUGCGCCUCAGCCAGGUGCAGAGCGUCACCUCCGUCUUUUUCGGCGGGGGCACCCCCAGCCUGGCCAGCCCCCACACCGUGGCAGCGGUGCUGGAGGCCGUGGCAGGGGCUGCCCACCUCCCCGCCGGCGCCGAGGUCACGCUGGAGGCGAACCCCAGCUCAGCCAGUACGCCGCGCCUCGCCGGCUUCAGGGCGGCCGGUGUCAACCGCCUCUCCAUCGGUGUCCAGUCGCUGGAUGAGGCCGAGCUGCAGCUGCUGGGCCGGGAGCACACGGCGGCGGAGGCACGGGGGGCGGUGGAGGCAGCGCGGGGGCUUUUCCCCAGCCGAACCUCCAUCGACCUCAUCUUCGGGCUGCCAGGGCAGAGCGGGGACGCCUGGGCCCGGGGGCUGGAGUCGGCGCUGGGGCUAUGCGACGACCACGUCUCCCUGUACCAGCUGACGCUGGAGCGGGGCACGGCGCUGGCGGCACAGGUUUGGGGGGGGGCCCUGCCAACCCCCCCCCAGGACCUCCUGGCCGACAUGUACCAGGUAGCCCGUGCCACACUGGUGGCCGCUGGCUUCCGGCACUACGAGGUCUCCAAUUUUGCAAGGAAGGGCGCCCUCAGCACCCACAACCUCUCGUACUGGCGGGCUGAGCAGUACAUCGGCGUGGGGCCGGGGGCACACGGGCGGUUUGUGCCGUGGGGCGAGGGUGGCCGCAGCCGGGAAGCCCGUGUCCAGACGCUGGAGCCUGAUGCCUGGAUGCGGGAGGUGCAGAGCCGGGGGCACGGCACCAGGAGGCGGGAGGUGCUGAGCCCGCUGGAGCACUCGCCCUGUGCCCGCAGGUUGGAGGAGGUGCUGGCCCUGGGGCUGCGCACCGACGAGGGCGUAACCCACGAGCGGCCUGCGGUGCACUUGGGAAGGCCUGGCCCUGCUGGACUCGCUGCUGCCCGCCCUGCUCUGCCAGCUGCAGCACCGCUGGACCCCGGGAGCCGCGCCCGGCUGCGGCACCGGAGCCCCGAGAAGGAACGGGAGCGGGGACGGGCCCGGUGGCGGGGCUGUGAGGGGGAGCAGCCCCAGCUAGGCCGCUGCCAUGCUGCGCAUGUGCGGGGCGGGCAGCCGGGGCGGUGGCGCCCCGCCUUCCGGAAGCGGGACCAUAGAGCGGCGGGGGGGUGGUGGUGGUGGUGCUGCCUCUCUAGGCGGCGCCGGAGGGCUGGUCUCGAUGGUGUGGGGAGCGGCGUUGCCACGGCGACCGGGAGCGGAGCGGCCCGGCGGGAUGCGGAGGCGCUGCUGGGGGCCUGGUGCGGGCAGGGAGCCCUCCGGUACGGCCCCCACCUCCCCGACAAAAAGGGAAAGACACAUGAACUGUCCUCAUCAACAACUGCAGAAGAGCCUGAACCCAUGUCACGUGUUCUGCAAGGUGAUGACAUCCAGGCUCUUGCAAUUAAGAUGGAGGACCUGGAGAAACUCCAUGCUCCACACCUUCCCCAUGAUGCUGGGAGAAUUCCAGUUAGGAGGAAAUACCUCGUUCGAAAAUACCGACCCAAAGAGGCAAAGAAGGAGGCACAUCUCCUCGUAGCAUAUCCUGCUUUCCCCAAAACACCCAGGGAACCACUGACUUUUUCUGGACCAGGACUGUUUGGUUAUGGCUGUGAAGAGAUUCUCCCCCAUCACAUUUUGGGAAGUCUCCAGGAGUUCAAGAUGGAAGCCUUGGCUAGGGGAAACACUCAGAUAGCAGAUUUUAUUGAGGUUUCUCAUCCAGAUGUUACUACAGCAGCUUUAAAAGAGGAACAUGGAGGAGAGAAGAAGAAAAAGGUUCAUCAGACCCCAGCAGCAGAGCACAAAGCUCUCCAGAACUGGCAGCGUAAUAUGACAAUCAGGAAAAAGCAGGAGAAAUACCUAGGAGAAAUUCUUCAGAGGCCAGAGAAUGAAUUGCUGAUGAGCAUCUCGGAGGAUUACAGGCAAAUCCAGGAAGAACGUGACCUCAUCGACAGGAGUCUCCCUGCCCUGCUUCCUGGAAAGGGAUACCGAAGAGGAAGUGAAUUCUGGAGCCAGCCCGAGCGUAUUGGAGAUGAGCUCACUGGCCUGACAAUGACACUGACUCAGAGAGAACGUGGCUACCCAGAGCCAGUCACUCAUAUAGGGAAACCCCACACUGUCCAGAUGGAAACAGGUCUGAAGCCUCCAAAGAGGAUCCCUUUCCGUAUAACCUGGGAUAAGAGUCUUUUCCUGAAACGUCGACGGCAGGAGUUAAAAUCUGUCCUAGAGGAGCUAGAUUUUUAUAAGCCGGAUCUGGAUGGACUGGAGGUGGUCGGUAAAGGACGGCCUUUCACAUCUGUCUCAACAGAGCCUCUUCCACGUUCCACCACUUCUGAAGAGUCUGAGACCCUCAGUGCCUCCUUAAGGGACUCCCCCGAUGUGGUUCCAGAAGCAGUACAGGGUCCAUCUUUAGAUUUCUGUGGCCAGCCUGCUCGUUGGGUCAACUGCACCACGUCUUGCAGGGAUGAAAUUGGCAUUGCUGCCCGGCUCACCUUUGAGACUUUGACUGGUGAGAAAGCUGAAAGCUCCCUCACGGUGAGCAACAAUGGCACAGCUGCCAUCUGGUAUAACUGGAUGAGGCUUCCCCAGCAGAUUCCCUCCAGAGAAACGAAGGGGAAGAAGAAGCAGUGCUUUUACUUUGAUACCAGACCAGGUGUAAUUUUGCCUGGAGAAACUAGGAAGUUUUUCUUUCUUUUCAAGUCAGAGAGAGCAGGCAUUUUCAGCGAGUCCUGGGAAUUUAGGACACAUCCUCUGUUAUUAGGAGGAGCUCUGCUGCAGGUGACCCUUUGGGGAAUUGCUGUGUAUGAGGAUAAAUUGGCUGACCUCAGAGAGAAACUGGAGAGUGACCUGGCUGCUCGAGAAGCUGCUGCGAUAGUAGCAGAGAGUCUGAAGGAACUUCUUGUCAGAAUUCGGACCCCAGAGCGCACCCCAUCUCCUGUGGAUGCUUAUGUCACAGAGGAAGAGUUGUUCCACCAGAAGAACCCUGAGUUGCAUUAUCAGCAUCGAGUGGUAAAGCAGCUGCAUGAACUGUGGAGACAGCAUGUGACUGUUCCUUCAGCCUUUGAGGAGAAAGUGCCCUCAGGCCAGAAGAGCACUGCUGAGGACGUGCAGUACCAGGAGAGUACCUCAGAGGCUCUUCCCUCUCGGAGCAGCACCACAGAGGUCCCAGGUUGGAAGAACACUCUCGAGGAGGCUCUGAGUCAAAUGACAAAUGUGGUGGAAGAAGAAACAGGCCCCUCAGGAUGGAACCUCUCCUUUGAGGACUUUAAGCAGGCUAUACAGUCGAUCCCCCAGGAGGAGCAGCGAGAAGCAGCACUGGCUCAGCUCAAUGAGGCAGCACUGGAGCUGUGUGUUGGACAGAGGCCAACUCAGUCAGACCUUUUGUAUCAAACCUGUCUCCAGCUGUGGCGUGAAACAAUUGAUGGUCUGGUGAGUCACUCUCGGAAGCUGAGAUCCCUGCUUGGCUUGCCUGUGAAGGACACCUAUGCAGAUGUUGUUCCAGAGGAAACAGUGGAAGUAAAGCAACCUAUAAAAGGAGAAAAGGAAGACAGAAUAACCACUAGGAAAGAAGAGAGAAGGUCAUUUGUUGGUAAGGAUAAAGAAGGCAAAAAAAGAACAACAAAGACAACAGGGAAAGAGAAAGAGCAAAGUCCAAGCAGCAGAAAGUUAAAAGAUGAGAAAAAGCUGAAAUCUUCCACUUCAUCACAGGAGGUGAAAGAGGGAGCACAGCCCAUGGAAGCUGUAACUACAGAUAGAGUGGAACCUCCUCAGGAGCAGGUGGACCCUAUUUUGUUUGGGACAUACCAGGAAAAACUUUAUAUUGAAGUGAGUCUGACCAAUGCUUGUAUCUUCGUUUCUUGUCUUUGCUCUUUGCUUGUAAGCUUACAUUGAAGCUUAGGUGGAGAGGUAAGCAUUUUGUUAAACUCAGAAAACUGACAAACAUAUAUCUGUAAUUCUUUAGCAAGGUAAGUGUGAAAUAUGAAUUAAGAUGUCCUUUAUUCCAGCUUGGAAUCUGUUAACAUAAAUCCAGCCAUCACAUAGCCACAUGCGGGAUUUCUAUCUGGGAUGUCUUCAGCAUGCUUGCGGACUCUUGAGGGAUCAGCAGAAUUAAUUGUAUCUCAGAUAAUGUUAAACACACUUCAUAGCCAGAAAAGUUAUUACUGGAGCUAAGUGCUGUUAGCAGGAAGCCUCUUUUAUGUGGUUGUGUGCGUGCCCGUAUGUUAAUGUGCGUGAGAAGCCAUGUCUCUCUCAGUCUCAUCAUCAGGACUUCUUUUUGUGUUUUCACUGCAACUAUCUUCUCUUAAUUUCUGCUGCAGGUUUACGGGCUGCUGGAUUCAAUGGUGAGCAAAAUCGUUUCUUUAUUUGAGGAACUAAAGAAAAAAGGUGCUCUAAAGUGAGAGAGUAGAGCCUUUUGUAACUAGAAAUAGACUUACUUUUAAAAAAUAAAUAAAUAACCAUAUUUACACAGA